GUGAUGAACCGUGCAAGUAGCUAUUUUCAAAAAAUGCUUUGGGGAUUUUUAGAAAAUUUUGAAAAUACCCUGAGUCAUGUAAUUUUCCGAAAGUAUAAUGUGCUUUGAAAACAGGCAAGCAUACUCUCAGCGUUUCUCAUAUUUCCAGCUUUUUAAUUACUUCCGGUUUUCAGUUGAAUUUACUUUUAUAAAGGCAUGUAUUUUCAUUUUCCAGUGCAAAAUAAUUAAUUAUAUGUUUUAUACAUGAUUUUUGGAUGAUGCGACCAUUCGGUGAUAAGAAGAGACGGAAGCAAUAUUUUUUAAAAGUUUUUUUGAUUUCCCGAAACACUACAAAAAAACACAAACGAACAACUUUUCGUCUGCUUGGUUAGAAAUUUCCAACCUAUAAAAUCGUCGCAGUUGACGUUCUAUGAUUGAGCCGGCAAUUUUUCCCUCGCUUUGUGCCCGUUGAUAGAAAGCAAUCGCUUGAAAAAUAAGAAAUAUUUUCAUAUUUUCCCCUAUGAUUCAAUUUCACACUUAGAAAAAAUGGCGCAUGUAAAGGCCCACAAUUUAACAGCUAAAGCUCGUACAUCAGAUAUUAAAAUCGACGAAAAUGUGACGUUUUUUCAAAUGGGAUUGUCUCAAAAAUUGCUCAAUGGAUUAACUAACUGUGGUUUUGAAAAACCAUCCCCAAUACAAUUGAAAGCAAUACCUCUGGGUCGCUGUGGACUGGAUUUGAUAGUGCGGGCUAAAUCGGGAACUGGAAAAACUCUGGUAUUUUCUGUAAUAGCUUUAGAAAUGCUCAAUUUGAAAAUACUUCAACCACAGGCUUUGAUUUUAGCACCGACUCGUGAAAUUGCUAUACAAAUUGCUCAGGUCAUCAGUUCCAUCGGUUCAGAAAUGGAAGGGCUCAAAGUUGAGUGUUUCAUCGGAGGAAUUGCUAUGGCAAAAGAUAAAAAAAGUAUCAAUGGUUGUCAUAUAGCAGUGGGUGCACCUGGCAGAGUCAAACAUUUGAUUGAUAAAGGACUCCUCAAAGCAGGCAGUAUCAGACUUUUUGUGCUUGAUGAAGCUGAUAAACUUGUGGAUACAAGCUUCCAAAAAGAUAUCAAUUAUAUAUUUUCAAAAUUGCCAGAAAACAAACAGGUCAUAUCGUCAAGCGCAACUUAUCCAGGAGAUCUCGAAUCUUUCUUAAGUACUUAUAUGAGAUCACCCGCCCUUUCCAGUCCUGACAAUGAUGGCCCUAUUCUUGUUGGUCUUCGACAGUUUGUUUCCGUCGUUCCGUAUCAUCCGAAUGCUAUGAAACAGGUACAAAUUAAGGUGGAAGAGUUGUCCAAAAUUUUUACCAAAGUUCCAUUCAAACAAGCUUUGGUUUUUUCAAAUUAUCAAUCAAGAGCCCAGUCAGUUUGUAACCGAAUAAACACGAUGGGAUUCUCAGCUAUUUAUAUAGUAGGAAACCAAGAAAUGACGAAACGUUUGGAUGCGAUAGACAAAUUGAAAAAUUGCCAGUGUCGAAUAUUACUGACGACAGAUUUGACUGCGCGGGGAAUCGACGCGGAGAAUGUAAAUUUAAUUGUAAAUUUGGAUGUGCCGAAUGACGCCGCGACGUAUUUACACAGAAUCGGCCGUGCGGGACGUUACGGAUCUCACGGGAUUUCCAUAACGAUCGUUUCCGAACAGGAGGUUCCAAGUUUUCAGAAAUUGAUGAUUUCCAUUGGUGGGACAAAUUUUUCUUUGUUGAAACUCCCCCAAACAUAUCCUGAAGAUCUUUGGGCUACAGAGGACGAAAUAUUCGAUCGAAUUCAUGCUGAGACGAAUGAGGCUCAGGAUAACCAGUCCACCGUCGAGUCUUGCGUUCUUCAAUCUCAAAAUGGUUUGCCAGUUUCCAUUCCCAAAGAUUAUACUGUCGAGCCGCUGACCAACUCAACAUUGAGUCUUGCACCGAAAUGUGAUGCAACUUCAAAAAACAUCUCAGUACAGUGUAUGAUGGAAAAAUUGUACGAACCUGCAGAAUCAGAGAAAAUUGUCAAACGUCUGACUUCGCCUCGGAAUAAGGAAAAAAUGCAGGAACUCGAAUUGCAAAGGAAUUCGGAAUGUCCUUCAACUUUGCAACAAAUAAAUGAGACUCAAAAAUUCCAAGUCGAUCUCAGCGAAGUCGUGCCCGACUCAUCAGAAGCGAAUGAAGCUUAUUACCUGGAAUAUCUUGAUUACGACAUUUGUGCAAAAAAAGCCAGCGAAGAAACGGAUAAUACAGAAAAAAUCUUGGAAGAGCAACAAAUAACAGACGUUCCAAAAAUUCUUGAUGAAUCGUUAACCGAUGAAUUUUCCAAUAGCAUCCCUGCGGACGAUAUUUUCCGCUGUUGGUUGGAUCUGCAAAAAUGGAAAUCGAUGCUAGACAAGAAGAGGCGAAACUCUCACGAUUCGCUUGAAGACUCUGUCCUGGAAGAGGCGAAUCUGUGGAACAGAAUACUCGAACAUGAAAUCGCAUACUGGGAAGAUUUAUUGCGAACUCCAUCCGCCAAUUUUAUUGACAGAUCAUGGCAUUUCCGGAAAAUUUACGAGUCGAUGAAAGUGUUCUUCGUCAUGCAAAAACGUGCGUUCCUUUGCGUUUAUCCAGAACUUCGUAAUGAGAGUGAAAUCACGGAAACUUACUGUUACGAGGAUACGGGAAAUAUUUUACAAAUGUACAAAGGAAUCGAAGAAUUCAAGAGCACGCAUCGGGGCAAAUGCGGAAGUUUAAUCUCACGAUUUCCUUACCCAAUCGACCAGGAAGGUCCGUAUCCGAAUCUCAUGAUGACCAGAGAAGAAAUAGAGCAGUACAGAAAAUCUCUGAAGACUUUAAAAACUUAUUCCGCGGUGAGCAAGAAUUUCUCGAGACUUCAGGAGAUUUUGGCAUUUUCCAAUGAAACUGAAAAGUCAGAAUUAAUCGCAAAAGUCCGAAAUACAGAACUGGAGAAAAAUUAUCAAAUCGAUCCAGAAAGCCUCUUCAAAUUUCUCGAAAAUGAAACAGAAAAUGGACAAAUAUUAAUCCUGAACGGAAAUUCUCAAGCUGGAGGAGAAGUUGAUUCCCCAACCGUUACUUCACUCGAUUCGCCCGCAGUCGUCGCCGUCGAUGGAUCAGAAUCGAGCCUAGACAAACUCGACGAUUCAUUGUCGAGUGAUCGGGUGACCGGUUCUCGAUCACCUGUUCGAAGGAAGGUCUGCAAGCAGAAUUUCACUCCGGUUCAAACGAACAAUAUUGCUUACAACGACGAGAGGAUAAUUCGGGAAAAUGUUCCAUUGGAGAAAAGCACCAACGUCACGAGUGAAUUUCAGGACGAAAAUUUCAAAGCAAAAACUGGGAUCGAAGCUCCGAACGGAAAUUGCAAUACCGCAGUGACGCGAGUAGCAAACCGAAAAUGCUUUGAAACUGGAAAUGGAAGUAGAAAUGGAGAAUCGAGUAGGUCGAGAGGAGAAUUUGAAGGGGAAGGAGAGCACUGCCUUGGUGUCGAGAACAUUGAAGAUUUUCUUGAACAAUUACGUCUGCAGACGGAAAGAAUUCAAUUAGAAAAAUAUAUUGCUCUGAUGACAGGAUCGGAUUCGAAGACGGGAGAAUUCAUUUACCGGUGACGGAUUUACAAAUGAAAUUAUUAAAAAAAAAAAACAAAACAAAACUUCCAAAUGCUUCCAUAGCUAUUGUUCUUUAAAAUGAUCGUAUGAAUAAUGAUUUUGGUGGAUAAUGCGGAGAUGUUCCCACGAUAAAUUGAUUCUGCCGAUCUCUCGACGGGACUCACACGUGAAUAGAGAUCGAUAAUGAAAAGGUCAAGUGGCGAGGACGCGCGAGAAAGGACGGAGCUUUCUUCCAGUAUCGAAAAGGCGCACACACGUGCGAAAUCGUCGAUAGUUGGCGUACCACGAUGUGUAAAGACGAUCGAUUCGAGCUGUGUGCCAUGUGUAACCUUUUACGUUUAUAAAACAUUUGAUAGAGUGAGAGAAAGACAUAGGAGAGAAUGUACAAGAAUUAGAAGAAAGUACACGCAGCGUACAAACAAAUUGUGUAAUACAAUCGAUCUUCGAGAGGCUCGACGUUUUUUUUGUCUUUCAAUUGCCAUUGCGACACUUGCGUUGUUUACCCGCUCUUUGUAUGUACCUCGCGAAUAGUGUUUUACAGGCUUAACAUUAUCGCGUUUUACGAAUCUCGUGUGUCACGGUACGCAAGAGCCACAGGAUCAUCGGGCUGCGUCUUUGAUAUCGCGGUCGAUUGAUUUAUUCGCCACAUUUCUACCUCACGUUUUAAUCCAUUCAAAAAAUCUCGAUUUCUACGACAACGUACUUGAGAAUUCAUGUUAGCGAUCUUUGGUAUACUUUCGCUGUCAAGUUAUCGUUACAGUAUCAAAAUGAUUCAUCAUUUUUAUUAACAACUCAUUUUUAUAUGCUCUUCACAAUAAAAUUUUCUCUUUGACAGA